UCCUCCAUAGAACACAGGAAGCCUCUGCAAAAGCUCCCACCUCACAGCCCACUGAAUAACCGCAUAAACUCCCGGAACAAAACCCGUCCUUUCCACCAGGUAGCUAAGCCUCUGAUGAUCCUCAGACCCUUCAGAUCUAGAUCAAAAUGAAGGUCGAGGCCCACUGGGGAGCCAGAGCCCCGCGCCGAGGGAGGGAAGGCCCCUCUCCAACCGCAAACGCCCAUGGAACCGCCGUCGCCCAGGCCUGUCCUCGGGGACAUGGCUGGAGUGCAGCGGCCGCGCUCAACUUCUCUCGCGAGCCCCUGGCGCGGACCCAUUUCCAAGGGGGAAAUCCCCGGAACGGCGCGGGGCGGGCGCGGGGCGCGCGCGCCGGACACACACAGGCGCACACUCACACGUGCAACAUGCACACACCUGGCCGGAGGCUGCACAGCGCGGAGGGAACUGUCGGUCACCCCCCACCCCACGGGCCGCCCCCAACACCUCCCCUCAGCCAGCGGCCCUCCAGCUGGGGCACCCCUCCGGCCCCUCACGUCCGCCGCACACAGCCGGCUCCCGCUACCAGGUAUAAAAUAUUAGAAAGAAAUGAACAAAAAGGGAGAGAAAAAAGAAGAAGCCUUUAAUUGUGAUGUACAAAUUCAUAUAUUUGGAUAAAGGAAAAUAGAGACCAAGAGAGGAGAGUGUGAGAGCUAAAUUGAAAAACAUUUGGAAUUCCUGGAGCGGUGGUCUUUAAACUGGGGUAAGCAUAUUCCCAGGGUCCAUGAACACAUACUAAAAGUUUCCAAUACAGAUUCUAUUAAAGAAUUAAUUUCUAGAU